AUGGCGGAUGUCCCCGGGGUGCAGCGAGCGGUUCCCGGCGGCGGCCCGGAGCCCCGGGACCCCCUGGACUGCUGGGCCUGCGCUGUACUAGUCACGGCCCAGAAUCUGCUGGUGGCUGCUUUCAACCUUCUCCUGCUGGCGCUGGUGCUUGGGACCAUCCUGCUACCCGCUGUCACCAUGCUAGGCUUCGGCUUCCUCUGCCACUCGCAGUUCCUGCGCUCCCAGGCACCCCCUUGCACCGCGCACCUGCGGGACCCGGGCUUCACAGCCCUGCUGGUCACCGGAUUCCUACUCCUCGUGCCGCUACUCGUGCUAGCCCUGGCCAGCUACCGCCGCCUCUGCCUGCGCCUCCGCCUGGCCGACUGCCUCGUGCCCUACAGCCGGGCCCUCUAUCGGCGCCGCCGACCCCCGCAGCAGCGGCAAACCCGGGCCUCACCGGGAUCCCAGGCCGUUCCCACAUCAGGAAAGGUCUGGGUCUGAGGACCCUCGAGUCAAGAACAGUCCUGUCGAUUGCCCUCCCUCCCAGCGGCCCAAGAACUUGAAGCCCCGGAGUGUCCCGACCUAUCCUGCUCCUACCCCAGCCUAAACCGGGUCCUUGCAUCGCCCUGGGGAAGAGGAGCGCCUGUGGACCCACGCCUGUGAAAAUUCGCCGCACCCCAGAAAACCCGCUUUCCUUACCACCAGUAUCCUGAACAUCUGGGCUGGACCCUUCGUGCACAUACACACCCCACCCCCACCUUGUGAAUAGGACAACUGAACCUCGGGUCCUCUUCCAGCGCAGCUAGUAUUCACAGGCUGAGGGGCGAGAAGUGACGGGGAAGGAGUGAUCACCACACGUCAAUAAAGAACUAAUGAACUGAACUGAACGGGAGCCUGUGAACGGAGGGGGCGGCACAAAUACUAUCACCCCUGCCCCAUGCCCAGAAGCAGGAAAGUGUGGGGGGGGGCACCGGGACAUGAUGCUGAAGUGCGCAGGAGGGAGCAUCCUUCAACCUCCCUGUCUUCCCUUAUCGCAUUUGCCCGUUCUUCCUGACCAGACCCCAGAGUCCUGUCCCUGACCCCCAAAGUGACCUCUCCGUCAAUAGAGUGGAGGGGGACCAGCCUCUGCCGCCUGCCCAGCUCCCCUUGGGGACCUGAGCCCGUUCUCUGACCCCAGCUUAGAGGAACUCAGUGUUGCCAGGCCGGGGAGGGAAACAAUGGGCCUUCCGGAGCAGGAUGACACCCCCUCCCGCCACAAUUAUGGAGCAGCAGCGUGGGAGGGAAGGUGGAGGGUCCCACCCGGCUGAGGCUCAGCCUGACCACAUCCCCAGCCCCCACCUGAGGGAACCUCUGGUGACCCUGGACGUCCAGGUUGGGGCAGGUGGGCUGAGAAUGUUGCCGACCUCAAAUAAACCCUCUUCUCUAGAAGCAGACUUUGCAGUUCCCUCCCCAGCAUCCCAGCUAGGUAGACACAGACACAGGCAACUUCGAUUAUAGGUUUAAUGAAGUCUGAAGGCAUGUGCGAUCUUGGUCAGAGAUAGGGAGGCCCCGCCAGGCUCUCUUUUUGCACCUCAAUAGAAACGAUGUGGUGUCCGGGUACCAUAGCCAAGCCCAGCACACGGGGUUCCCCCGCAGAGAAGGAAUCUGGAAAGAAGCAUCAGGGAAGCAGGUCAGUGUCGGCCCCGCCCCUUUUGAGCCACUUCUAGACCCAGAUAAUAAGGGCAGCAAGGCACUGAAGGGGAAAGCCUUGCGUGAGGCUGGACCCAGGCGGGUGUGCAUUCACUGGGCACUGACCCGACGGCUUGAGGAACUCCUGCGCUGAGCCCAGGAUGACAUUGCAGUCGCGGUCGGUGCAGAGGAAGCAGCCGACCAGUGUCCGUCCAUCAGUCAUGCGAAUGCGCAUAGUCUUGUUGAGCAGCGCCUCCAGCUGCUGCCGGGCGCGCGCGGCAGGCGAAUCUUCGUGCUCCCCAUCCGAUUCCUGCGCGGGGCGGUACACGCGCU